GGAGGGUGGGUGAGCGGCUGGGGAGACGGCAGCUCCUCCGGGACAAAGGCUUACACCGCCGGCUGCAUCCGUCCUGGUGCUGAAUGAACGCGCUCUUCUCUCCCCCGCCUCGCAGGGAUGCCGCAGCAUGAACCCACCGCUUAGAGAGCAGCGAUCGCGCCGCCUCGGCACCGCUCCCUGAGCCAGCCCGACAGCAGCGUCCGGCGCGGAGCCUGCACGGGGACUGACGCCGGGAGCCGCUCCGCCGCCCGGCUCCGGCGGGAUGCGAUCGCCGCCGCCUUCAUGCCGGCAGCAGGGACUCUGAGCCGCCGCUCCGCGCCCUGCGAGCCCCUCGGGCAGGGACCCCGGGCAGCGGCGGGGCCCCGGACGGGAGCCGUGCACGCAUCGCCCGCCGGCGGCUCCCGGUGAAGGCGCCCGCUGCAGCCGGCGCUGCGAGGGGGGCACCCCUGAGCCUUUCGCCGCCGAGACAAGCGGCGCAUCCCGGGGUGGCGGCGGGUCCCACCCGGCGGCCGCGAUCCGGUGCCCCAUGGUGCUGCUGCGGAAGCUGCCGGGCAUGCCGGGCUGGCCAACGGCGCUGGGGCUGCGGCUGCCGCAGAAGUUCCUGUUCCUGCUCUUCCUCUCGGGCCUGCUCACGCUGUGCUUCGGAGCCCUGUUCCUCCUGCCCGAUUCCUCCCGCUUCAAGCGCCUCUUCUUGCCCCGCCGCGCCACCGCCUCCACCUCCUCUUCUUCCUCCGCCUCCUCCUCCUCCGCCGCCGCCUCCUCCUCCACCCGCGACACCGACCUGCCCCGCAGCCCGCCCGCCGCCGCCGAGCCCCGCCACGCCAGCCCCGCCGCGCCGCGCCGCCUGCGGGAGAAGCUGCGCUCCGCCGCCCGGCCCGCGCCCCGUGCCCGGCAGCAGGUGCAGGGCGACGGCCGAGCCGAGCCCGCCACCGGCGCUGCCCCCGCGCGGGACACGCGAGCCCCGUUCCGCUUCGACUACGAGCGGUUCCGCCGCAGCCUCCGGCACCCGGUGCGGGGCAGGCGGCCCGGCGAGGACCCCGAGACCCGCGCCCGCAGGAUGAAGAUAAAGGAGAUGAUGAAAUUCGCUUGGGAUAACUACAAACUCUAUGCACUUGGGAAAAACGAACUGCGACCGCUGACCAAGAACGGCCACAUCGGGAACAUGUUUGGAGGCCUUCGAGGAGCUACAGUGGUAGAUGCCUUAGAUACUCUGUACAUCAUGGAACUCGAGGAGGAAUUCCAAGAAGCAAAGAAGUGGGUGGAGAAGAGCUUUGACUUGAACGUGAACGGAGAAGCAUCCUUGUUCGAGGUGAACAUUCGCUAUGUUGGAGGACUGUUGGCCACAUACUACUUAACUGGAGAAGAGGUCUUCAAGAGCAAAGCUUUGGAACUGGGAGAGAAGCUUCUGCCGGCUUUUAACACCCCCACGGGGAUCCCGCGCGGCGUCAUCAAUUUGGGCAGCGGCAUGAGUUGGAGCUGGGGCUGGGCAUCUGCUGGGAGCAGCAUCUUGGCAGAAUUCGGUACCUUGCACUUGGAGUUCCUGCACCUCUCGGAGCUCUCUGGCAACCCCGUGUUUGCAGAAAAGGUGAUGAACAUCCGCAAGGUCCUGAACAGAGUUGAGAAGCCACAGGGCCUCUAUCCCAACUUCCUCAGCCCGGUGACAGGGAAUUGGGUGCAGCAUCACGUCUCCAUUGGGGGGCUUGGGGACAGCUUUUAUGAAUAUCUCAUCAAAUCUUGGCUGAUGUCGGACAAGAAAGACUCUGAAGCUAAAAAGAUGUAUGAUGAUGCACUAGAGGCAAUAGAAAAGCAUUUGGUCAAAAAGUCAGCUGGAGGAUUGACCUACAUCGCUGAGUGGAGGGGUGGUGUCUUGGAUCACAAAAUGGGCCACCUGGCUUGUUUCUCUGGGGGUAUGAUAGCCCUUGGAGCUGAACACGCUGGAGAAGAGAGGAAGCAACAUUACAUGGAUCUCGCUGCAGAGAUAACAAGCACAUGUCAUGAGUCUUAUGCACGCUCAGAUACCAAACUGGGCCCCGAAGCCUUUCGCUUUGAUGCUGGCACUGAAGCCAUGGCAACCAGACUCAGCGAGCGCUACUACAUCCUGCGGCCAGAGGUGGUGGAAAGCUACAUGUACAUGUGGCGGCUGACACACGAUCCCAAGUACAGGCAGUGGGGCUGGGAGGUUGUGAAGGCCCUGGAAAAGCAUUGUAGAGUAGAAGCUGGUUUCUCUGGCAUCCGAGAUGUUUAUACCACAACCCCGACCCAUGACAACAUGCAACAGAGUUUUUUCCUCGCUGAGACUCUGAAGUACCUCUAUCUUCUGUUCUGUGAAGAUGACGUGCUGUCUCUGGACGACUGGGUGUUCAACACAGAGGCUCACCCCCUGCCAGUCAACCACACGAACUUUAAAGCAAGCGUGCAGCAGUGAGGCCACUGCCCAGGCCCUGCUGCUGCAGCCUCGGCGCGUUACAGCUUUUCCUUUCCAUUAAAGGAAUUUGCAUUGUUCCUGAAA